AUGGCUGCACCUCUGGACAUCAACAUCCUAAAUCUCAAUGGCAACUGGGUCCUGAACAAGGAGCUUACCACUGAAGCGGAACCCAUUCUGAAGCUAGUAUAUCAUCCCUUCCCGAAGACUCAGAGUUCACAUCUAAUAUAUCGACACCAGCAAAAAAUUCCCUGGCUCAUUCGAAAGGCCUUCUCAUUCGCAACGAUCUAUAUCCGGAUCCAACAGUACCCCGUCAAAGAUAGCGAGUCCAGCGACCCGCCUAUCCAGAUCGAUUUCGAGCAAACGGCUUCUGCGGGCCUGGCUGGCACGAAAGAAGAACGGAUACUUGACUGGGCUAGCUAUGAACAUACGGAUUACUUCUUUGGCUCGGUAAAGGGUCAAAGUCGAUUUGUUCAUGGGACACCUGGCAAGGACGGUAGCAUACGCCCGGAGUUUGAGCUUCAGACGGAUACGAAAAGCGAACAGAUAAAGCAGUUCCUACGAGGAGAAGUCAAUGUCGAUUUGACUAAAGCCGAGGGAUUCUUGGUUGAGGCACAACACGAGCCAUGCAAUAUUUCCAAUCCUCCGGGUUGCUGGGUGCAUACAUUUGAGAAGAAUGAGAAGUUGGGAUGGACGGUCGAGCAGGUGAGUAACAGAGACGCUUCGGUUGAAUCCCAAUUGACAUCGACUAGAUUUGGGGAUUUGAAAACAUAG